AUGACCAAACCAGAGGUUGUGCACUUUGGCGAUGGGCACUAUCGAUGUGUUAUCUAUGGGCUUGGACCAUAUAUUGCAGAUUACGAAGAACAGGUUCUAUUAGCAUGUAUAGUGCGCUCUUGGUGUCCAAGGUGUAUGUCACACCACAAAAAUUUGGAUGCCAAGUCAUUGUAUCGUAAUCAUGACCAUACAGAAGCACUCGUCGAAGAAGUAUCAUCUACAGACCUGUGGGACGAAUACAGGAUCAUUCAUGACCUUGUCCCAUUUACAAAUGAUUUUCCUCAAGCUGAUAUACACCAACUUAUCGCGCCGGACCUGCUACAUCAGUUGAUUAAAGGAACCUCCAAGGAUCAUUUAGUUGAGUGGGUUGGAAAAUAUUUGCUCCAUAUGCAUGGAAAGAAAGGAGCAGAGAAAAUUCAAGAUGAGAUAGAUCAAAGGAUCACUGUGGUUGCCUCAUUCUCAGGUCUUCAACGUUUCCCAGAAGGUCAAGGAUUCAAACAAUGGACUGGGGAUGAUUUGAAAGUGCUUAUGAAGGACGUUGCUACCGCCAGACUAACAACAGUUCAGGUUUAUCUACCUGCCAUUGAAGGUCACGUCCCAACGGAUGUGACAAAGCACAUCAAAGCCGUCAAGGAACCAUGGAGGUGCUCAAGUCACUACAAAGCCCUCAGCCAAAUGCUGGUGACAAACCAGCAUCUCGAUAAACUUGCAGCUUCAUGUAUUGAUUUCAAGAGCCAUUGGAUGCUGAAUGGCACCUGUCUGUCAGAAAUGCUUCGGGCAUUAAAGCGUUUGCGGUUAAAUAGUAUGCCUGACGCCAAUCAGCCCGACCAACCCAAUGAGAAUAACAUCACACUACUUCCUGACCUCGACAUUACUACACAGGGUGACAAUGAAGAGGGUGAAAUUAUUGGUGGCCCAACAUUGGUGCAGGCCCAUGUUCAGUUGGCGAAGACAAUCCAUAAGCCAAAUACAAACACGCAUGAACUAUACCCGACUUAUCUGCAGAACUCGAUAUCCCCCAUCUCUACAACAUCCUCUGCCGAUUUCUAUUUGAACAACAACCAUAGUGGGAUUGGCGGCAUGCGCCGGGAGCAUAUUCAUGCCUGUCCUGUAUGGAGAAACGAGGCACCCCGGUAUGACUGUGUGUUUGUGAACACAGAUGCAGAUGUCGAAGGGAUGGGAGUGCAUUUGUUUGACAAAGCUGACAACGGACCUGAUGAGGACACUGGAAUGUGGAUCAUUAAACCUUUGUAUAAUGAUGGCCAUUCACCGUUGAUUGGAAUCAUCCAUGUUGAUGCUAUUUACUGGGCCGCACACCUCAUCCCAAUCUACGGAACGCAUGCCAUCCCACGGGACCUCAAGCACUAUGACUCAUAUGACACUUUCCAAGCAUUCUAUGUUAACAAGUUUGCAGAUCAUCAUGCAUUUGAGAUUGCAUCCUAG